AUGGAUAAGAAUACUGUGAAAAACCAUAGCAUGGGCACUGGUAGACCCAUGAAAGACAUCAACAACCACCACAAGGUCAAAGAUUUAUGGGAUUGUAGCAGUGGAAGCCAUGGAGAAGAAGCUUUUCUUAGUGGGUUUUCGUGGCCUCCAAGAUUUUACACUUGUAGUUUCUGCAAAAGAGAGUUCAAAUCAGCUCAAGCUCUUGGUGGCCACAUGAAUGUCCACAGGAGAGACAGAGCCAGGUUGAGACAGUCACCUCCAAGAGAUGGCCAGUUUUCUGUUCUUAACCUUGAUCUUGACCCAAACCCUAGCCUUUACUCAAACCCUAAACCUAAUUUCUCUUCUUCAUUGCAAUCAUCAUCUCCUUCAACAAUGUUCCCACCCUUCACUUCCUCAUUACCCCCAUUGGUCUCUCCCUCUCUCUCCUAUUUAUCUUCACCCUCAUCUGCCUCUCCUACCGAAAUCAGGCAUCACUUAAGCCCGACAGGUGAAGAUUAUAGAAAGAUUAAAAGUACAAAAACCCUUUUUGGAGUUGGAGAAAUCAAUGGCUUGAGAGAUGAAAAAGAAUGUAAGAUUGCGAAGAAGGCAGAGAUUGUUAGGUUGGACUUGGAGAUUGGCUUGCUUAAUGAUUCAGAGGAGGAUUUGGAUUUGGAACUUCGGCUCGGGUACUCUUAG